AUGUUCCCACUCCCGAGCCUCGAACGCGCACGCGCUCUCGCCCUGGGCCUCAUUGCCACAGGCUCCCUCGUCACCGCAGGGCCUUGUGACAUAUACUCCUCUGGCGGCACACCAUGCGUCGCUGCACAUAGCACCACUCGAGCUCUGUACAGCGCGUACACCGGCUCACUCUACCAGGUGAAACGCGGCUCUGACGGUGCAACGACCAUAAUCGCGCCAGUCUCUGCCGGCGGUGUUGCCAAUGCCGCCACCCAAGACUCUUUCUGCGCUGGCACGACCUGCCUUAUUACGAUCAUUUAUGACCAAUCCGGUCGCGGCAACCACCUGACCCAGGCUCCGCCCGGCGGCUUCAAGGGCCCGGAGUCCAAUGGCUACGACAACCUGGCCAGCGCGACUGGCGCACCCGUCACAUUAAACGGCAAGAAGGCGUAUGGUGUCUUUAUAUCGCCUGGCACAGGCUACCGAAACAACGCCGCCAGCGGCAUAGCUAAAGGCGAUGCUGCGGAAGGAAUGUACGCGGUGCUCGACGGUACACAUUAUAACAGUGGCUGCUGCUUUGACUACGGCAACGCAGAGACUAGCAGUACAGAUACGGGCAACGGCCAUAUGGAGGCCAUCUACUUCGGAACCAACACUGUCUGGGGCUCUGGCUCUGGCAGCGGCCCCUGGGUUAUGGCUGAUCUGGAGAACGGUUUAUUCUCUGGAUCCAACUCUAAAAACAAUGCAGGCGACCCGUCAGUUUCCUACCGGUUUCUGACGGCGCUCAUCAAGGGAGGCCCAAAUAAAUGGGCGAUCCGCGGCGCCAAUGCCGCAUCCGGCUCACUGUCGACCUAUUAUAAUGGUGCUCGCCCAAGUGUCUCUGGGUACAACCCAAUGAGCAAGGAAGGCGCCAUAAUUCUCGGCAUCGGCGGCGAUAACAGCGUCGGCGCUCAAGGCACGUUUUAUGAGGGCGUAAUGACCUCCGGAUAUCCAUCCGAUGCCACCGAGAACUCGGUACAGGCCGAUAUUGUAGCUGCCAAAUAUGCGGUGGGAUCUCAGACCAGUGGCCCGGCGCUCACAGUCGGUUCCUCGGUCUCGCUACGGGCCACCACUUCCGGCUUCAACACUCGCUAUAUCGCACACUCGGGCUCCACUGUCAACACCCAAGAAGUGUCGUCAUCCAGCUCGACCGCUCUCAAGCAGCAAGCCAGCUGGACGGUUCGCGCUGGCCUUGCCAACAGCGCCUGUGUUUCAUUUGAGUCCAAGGAUACUGCCGGCAGCUACCUACGGCACUAUGAUUUCACGCUUCAACUCAAUUCCAACGACGGUUCCAAGCAGUUCCGGGAAGAUGCCACAUUCUGCCCACAGGCAGGACUCAACGGCCAGGGCAACUCCCUCCAAUCCUGGAGCUACCCUACCCGCUAUUUCCGCCACUACAGCAACGUGGUGCAUGCUGCGAGCAAUGGCGGCGUUCACACAUUCGAUGCCACUUCCUCGUUCAACGACGAUGUAAGCUGGGUGGUCGGCGCCAGCUUUGCCUAA